CAUCAGCAUCUUUGUUUACGAUCGUCUCUCCCGGACACAGCUGAGCAGCCGUUAGUUUCACUCCUCAUCGUGUUUGCGGUUUGCCUUUUGGCUGUGUGUUUUGGAGCUAAAAGUUGUAUGUGUAGCAGCUCUGACCUGAUCUAAAUCAUGUCGGCUAAUGGACGUGGAGACGACCGCACAGACGCAAGGAAAGAGGACACAAAACAGUCUUCUGUGUCUCCCAUGAUGUCUCCUGGCCCUGGUCCCUCGGAAGUGGACGCUAAGGCUGCCCCCCACAGCUUCAGGUACAGCCUGGACUAUGCCAGCAUCGGACAAUGCAUUAUUAUCAACAAUAAGAACUUUGACAGGGGCACAGGCAUGAACCAGCGCAAUGGCACGGACGUGGAUGCUGCCAACGCCAUGAAAGUCUUUGCCAAGUUGGGCUACAAAGUGAAGGUUUACAACGAUCAGUCAGUGGAGCAGAUGAAGCAGGUCUUAACAGCUGUUUCAAAGGAGGACCACAGCCAUGCAGCCUCGUUCAUCUGUGUCUUAUUGAGCCAUGGUGAUGAGGGUGUAUUUUUCGGCACAGACGGCUCCAUAGAGCUCAGAUACCUCACAUCACUGUUCAGAGGCGAUCGCUGCAGGUCCCUCGUGGGAAAGCCCAAGCUCUUUUUCAUCCAGGCCUGUAGGGGGACUGAUCUGGAUGCAGGCAUUGAAACAGACAGUGCAGACGAUGAAACCACUCGGAUCCCGGUGGAGGCAGAUUUUCUGUACGCCUACUCUACGGCUCCUGGUUACUACUCCUGGAGGAACACCAUGACUGGCUCGUGGUUCAUGCAGUCUCUCUGUGAUAUGGUUAGUAAAUAUGGAAAAGAACUGGAGCUCCUGCACAUCAUGACACGCGUCAACCACAAGGUGGCAGUGGAGUUUGAGUCUGUCUCCAACACGCCAGGCUUCAAUGCAAAGAAGCAGAUCCCAUGCAUUGUGUCAAUGCUGACCAAGGAGAUGUACUUUACUGCUUGAUAGUUGCAAAAGUUGACAUAUAUCUGAGCCAUUUUAAGCCUUUGUGAAGUUAUAAACUUCAGUGAUAGUUUUGAGUUACCACGUACACACCCAGUUCUGUUUUUACAAUCGCUUUGGCAUCAAGGUGCAUAAGACAAGAAGGAUACUAUCUCUAUUGUGAAUAUUUGAAAUCAUGUAGCCGUUUUAUAACAAUACCAGGUCUAUACAUUAACACUAUACAAUCUUCAGGGAUAAAUACUUAAGCCGACAAGCAUACAAGACUGCUGUUCAGAAUCAUGUUUUAAGGUCAGCUCUUCAAAUGAAGUCUCUUGUGUGCCUCUGCUUAUGCCUGUCAAUUCCGACUGAACUCAUUAUUUAUUAGUGCAUAGUUCAUUUUACAUGGUGUGACUUUGUCAAGUACACAUUUGAAUUCAAGCUCAGGUUUUACUUUACUUUUGUAUCUUUUACUUUUGUAUUGUACACUGUUAGUGGAAUUUGGAACACAAUUUUGCAUGGGUAUUGUUGCUGUGUGGUUUAAAGGAAAACAAGUAUGGGCUGUAUAGCUACAUUAAACAGAAUAAUUGAAUGAUUAAUCUGUUUUUCAGGUCAAUGUUUAUACUAAUGGUAAAUUUCAAUCAUGCCUUCUUUGUGCAAUGCAACUUUGUACAAUUGUUCUAUUGGAAUCCUCUUUUUUUAUAUAAAUAAAUACCGCUAUUCACUGGCUGUGUCAUAAAA